CAUAUCUAAUGAAAACAGCGCCAAAUUUAUUUAGACUCAUUUUUUGGUUGUCCAACGUUUUUGGAGGCAGCGUGACAGGUGACUAAUGGCCAGCCCAGUAGAUAACCAUUCACAGACCAGCAUGUGGGUGGACUUGGUCUUGACCAACCUAUGAAAACAUUCACAGUUCACCAGCCUGCUCCAGGGCAGACAUUACAAUGAGGACUGCAAGGGCAGUUUUCAACCUUACCGAGGCCUAAGAAGACAUAGACAUAGACUGCUGAACAUUGGAAAAUAAUACAGUUACGCCUUUGCUAUACAGAGUGCCGUAACUGCAUGCAUGUUAUAGAUUUCUGCUUUACAAUAAUUGAAACGCAACACUCGCUACAAAGAGAUUGAGUUUUGUCUGCAGGACAGGAAUAGCAUUGUUCUUGGAAUCCCAAACUGAUUCACAAGUAUUUUCGUUUUAUGUCUAUGUUUUCAUGUGUUACAAAUUAAAAAUAGAUAUUAUGUCCCUGAAAACUGUAGCCUCUGCACCUGUUGUAUGUCAAGCGGCUAUUUUUCUAUAAAAAGAUUUGUGUCGGAUCUCAGGUUUUGCUAGCAUGCCAGUAACGGACCAGGCCUUUGUCACCCUGGCCACUAACGACGCGUACAGCCAGGGGGCGCUAGUCAUAGGGAAGUGCUUGCGCAGGCAUGGGACAUCCCGGCAGACUGUGGUCAUGGUCACCUCGCACGUUUCCCAGGGUACACGGGCGGCCCUGGCUGAAGUGUUCCAUCAGGUGAAAGACGUGGAAGUACUGGACAGUUCAGACUGGGCACACCUUAACAUGAUGGGCCGUCCUGAGCUAGGCAUCACCCUCACCAAGCUGCACUGCUGGGCCCUCACGGAGUACAUUAAGUGUGUGUUCCUGGAUGCUGACAUGCUCGUACUGUGUAACGUGGACGAGCUCUUUGACCGUGAGGAAUUGUCUGCUGCCCCUGACCCCGGCUGGCCUGACUGCUUCAACUCCGGCAUGUUUAUAUUCCGGCCAUCUUUACAGACUCACACCCGGCUUCUGAAGUGGGCCAGGGAGCAUGGCAGUUUUGAUGGUGGAGACCAGGGACUUUUGAAUUCCUUCUUCAGUGGCUGGGCCACAGAAGACAUCAGCAAGCACUUACCAUUCAUUUACAACCUCAGCAUCAGCACUGUCUACAGCUACUUGCCAGCUUUCCAGCAGUAUGGGCCAAAGGCUAAGAUCAUUCACUUCCUGGGUGCACUCAAGCCCUGGCAUUGCAAGUAUGACCAUCAGAAGGGGGAGGUUUACCUGGGAGAUGGGUCCCUGUGUCACCUGCACCUGGGCCCUUUUAUGAAGCAGUGGUGGGUAGAGUACUGCCGGCCAGCAGCACCGUCUUUUACACAGACAGACAUCUGGCAAGAUCUUGAGGCACCCCCUCAAAAGCAGACAGUAAGCGUUGAGGUGAUUCACCAAGAGGAUUCGUCUCUGCACACAGAGGCUUCCCCACCCACAGCACCAAAGGAAAUGUUCCAGGGGGCACACCAAGCAGACAGGCCUCCAGGGGAUGAAGGUGUGGCUUCUGAAUGGACACACCCACAGGACCCACCUCCAGUUGAGGAAGGCAGAGCCCUGGGUUCAGGAGUCUUGGGCAGCAGCCAAUCUGAAGAGCUGGUUUUGGAGCUGCCUGCCUCCAUCGGUGAUCUGGCCAUUCACCUGACUCCAGAGGAAGAGGACCUGGAGCACAAACGUCAGUGGGAGGAGGGGCGUGCCGACUACCUGGGGAAGGACGCUUUUGACAACAUCAAGAAAAAACUAGACAAAUUCCUUAAGUAGCUGACUGUAUGGAAACACAGAACUCAAGCACACACACUGAAAUGAAAACAAGGAAAGCUGCAUGACUAUUUGAAACAGUCUUGUGAGAUGGACAGAAUUCAGUGUUGAACAAACACAAUGAUGAAAAUUGCAUUUGCUCUCUGGAAAUAUCCUGUGUGUUCGGGAAAAGUGUGGACAUGGAUCCUUCAUAUUUACCCACACACAGCGUAUUUUAUAAUGGCAAAUAUUUUCACUUCAAUUUUACUUAGCUUGUGCUUAUAUCACUGUAACACAAAGAGCAGUAGGAUGGAAUAGCUUUUGUGAACUUUCUGAAACUGAAAAAAUAUUAUCUGAAUAAAAAAAUGAGGACGUCAAACCUCACAGAAAACAUUAUGCAGGCACAGUAAUGGAAGACUUGUUUUGAUAGUAUUACCUUCAUAUAUGAUGUCAGUAAUGUAGAUUUUUCAACCAAGCAACCUAAGAAAGUCUAAUCAAACUCGAUUUCUUUCAAGUUCAAAUAUAGUAGGCCUAACCUGUUUCAUACGUGUCCGAAAUAGCCGAAAUACAGUCCUCAUCUUAAAAAUCA